UGCAAAUAUGUGAUGUCUUGAUAAAUUGGGCAAAUAUUUGAAGUUUACACAGCUACAUUCUCGCCUAAAAAUAUCUUAAAAGUUUAUUUUGUGACCCAAAAAGACACCGACACAAAUCUGGUAAAAGGGAGGACGCAUUUGUCGCAGCAUUUGGAGGAGUCUUUGAGUUUGGACAUCCUUUGUCGCAUCGCUGUUACGUAAUCGACCUGCAAAUGCGGCUUCCGAAAGAUGCAAAAGACACCUCUGAACUUGGACACAGCUAAGAUACCGAAGACUGCUUCUUCUUCUUUGGCGUUUAACAGAAGCUGGUGAUGGACUGUCACUAUUGUGCUGCAGUUAUAUCAUGUGCAUUGGGUGUGGUUUGGUGGAGGCACUUGUAAAUUUAAAUGUAAGCCUUUAAGAUGAUAUUGGUGCUUGCGCAGCAGGGGAGCACGGUUGGGGGGAAAGGAGCGACUGUCACUUUGGAUCAGAACGUGAUUUGUUUUGUUGUUGUUGGCUUCUUUACACAAUUUGUGCUCUAGUUUUUAAAAUCUUUGUGUUUCAGAUAACUGAUGGCUCAACGUUCUCCCUUCCAAUCCACAACACCAAUGAGGACAGCAUAGGACAUCACGACACCAGCACCCCUGAUAGGACUUGGUCUCUCGGUAAAUUCCUGAGGAAAAUGGCACCCAGAAUAUCCCCCAGCAGUGAAUCUCCAACAGAUAAAGCAGUCACCUUCUCCAAGCACACUUCACAUUCUAACCAAACGACAAACCAAAACAGUGCGAAAUCAAAUCGUAACCCCACCAUUCGAAUCAGCCGUGCCACACGGGGGUUGCAGUGGGACUCCUCUCUGGACCAAGAGGUUACUGACAGCAAGGAGCUACGAAACCUGGAUGAGUUCCUUGGGAAUCAGGUGAAUGAGCUGCAAACUAGAAAGGAUCUGUCGCCAGCUGAGGCGAUUUUUCUCACAGCCACGAUGCAGUUCAGAGAGAACAUCAAAGGCAUGUACUCUGUCCAGAAGCCCCAGAUUCACUACAAAGAUCUGAUGAAAGGCUUCCAUAACAAGGUGAACACGCUAGCAGGAGCCACUGAAAAGGGAGAAGUUCCAAUGGUGGUAAACCUCUUCCAGUCUGUGCUGGACGGCUUCAUCAGGGCCACAAAGAAACGAGCAGCGUCUGAACCUGCAAAGACAUUGAAGAAGAGAAGGAAAAAGGAUAAAAGUCUUGACAGUCCUCUGGAUCACCUGUUCAGCACAUACCAGGUGAACAUUAUGCAGUCAUGUGACUUGUGUGGCUCCUACAUCUGGGGAAUGGAGAAAGCCUAUAUGUGCAGUGCGUGUAAGUUGAUAUGUCACAAGAAAUGCCUGAGCAAAAUCAUCACGGACUGCUCGACACGGUGUGCCAGGCAGGAUGGCAGUUUACCAGCCCCAGCUCACUUUGGCGUGCAGGUGUGCGCCCUCACCAGUAAAGCCAACCCCGUGCCCAUAGUGAUGGAGACGUUGCUGAUGCACGUGGAGCUAAACGGCCUCUACACCGAAGGGAUUUACCGCAAGUCGGGCUCGGCCUGCCGAGCGAAGGAGCUUCACCAGGUUCUGCAGAAAAAUCCUGAGACGGUAUGUUUGGAUAACUACCCGAUCCACACCAUCACAGGCCUCAUUAAACGCUGGCUCAGAGAGCUGCCUGACCCCCUCAUGACAUUUUCCCUCUACCACGACUUUCUGCAUGCUGUGGAAUUACCCGAGGAAGAAGAGAGAAUAAAGGCCGUGUACCAAAAGCUCGAAGAACUUCCUCCUGCUAAUUUCAGCACGUUAGAGCGGCUGAUCUUUCACCUUGUCAGAGUUGCAAAGGACGAAGAGCACAAUAAGAUGUCACCAAGUGCACUUGCUAUUGUGUUUGCCCCCUGCAUCCUGCGUUCACCUGAUUCUGAUGACCCCCUCCUCUGUAUGAAGGACGUGCCUAGGACUACACUUUGUGUGGAGAUCCUGAUCACUGAGCAGUUCAGGCGCUACAACGAAAAGAUGCAAAAUAUCCAGGAGCUGGAACACGCGGAGGCCAUGGCUGUCAAUCAACUCAGACUCAGAAGACAAGCCACGGUUGUUGAACAGUCCGAGCUCAAGGUUCCACAGGAAACGCAGCCUGAUGAAGCGGUGAAGACCCUCCUUGAAAGGAUCAAGUCCCUCAAGCAAGAAAAGUUGGACUUGGUCUCCAGGUUGCCUGAGCUGGAUCAGGAAGAAUCUGACAUUGAAAACUUAGACUCCUCAUCAUGGUUGAGCACCGACAGCCUGGACCUACUAGGGACACUGGACUUGGAAGGAAAACCAAUCACGCAUGUGAAAACCCAGGAACCUGACCUCCCUCCCAAACCUGCUGACCUGACACAGAGAAUUAGACAUCUAAUGGUUCAACGCGAUCAUGAACAGAAAGAGUUCACAUCUGGAGAAAAAGCAGAUGUUAUCCAGCCUCGAAAAGACACUCCCUCCCCAGCCAGCACGCCCCUUAUAGCCAGUAAGAAGUUUAACGGGAGCUCUGACGACCUGGACAUCCCUUACAUUGACGAGGAUGAAGAUUUAAACCGAGAAUAACACCAUAAAUUGUUCUAAUUUGAAAAAUUCCCAAAUGUGUAUUAAUGGAAACAAAAAAGUGUGCGCUUUGUUUUGUAGACGUUUCGAUUUGUCCAUGCUGGUAUGGAAAUGAACUGCUUUGAAAAUGUAUAUGUAUUUAAUGGGAGAUGAUGCUGACUGUUCUUUCGGGGAGGUUUUAUUAUUAUUAUUAUUAUUAUUAUUAUUAUUAUUAUGGCAGAUCUGGAUUAGUACUUCUCUUUGUAUCAGUAUACUGCGUGUAAUUUUUUUAACCUAUUUCAGAAUUGUACAGCUCUGAUUUUAAUAAAAGGCAGAUAUUUUUGACGUGUUCUUUGUGACGAGCUCCGUCGAGAAAUAUAGAACGUGAUAAAGAGCACUCAAGUACACAAGAGUGUCUUUUACUAAUUAACUCUGAGCUCAAUCACUGUGUUACUAAUGAAUGCCUUGUGUGUUGUUGGGGAAUAAAUAGCUUGUGCUUGUACCAGAAAACUUCUGACCUUGUACAUAAAGUGAUUCUGUCUCCUAAAGACUUCAGUGCUGCAUUUUGUGUUCUCAUCCUGCUCACAAAGUCAUCCCUUUAGUUGUAUUUCUAGUUAUAUUGAUUUAAUUCUACACUACUGUGACUGAUUAAGUUUACCUGACUGACUUUAUUUGCUAUUGCAAAGCUGUGCAACUUCACCAAGUCAGCAUCUGUUUAUAAUUUCGUUUUCUUUUUUAUUUUAGGACAUCAUCCAAGUUUUGCCAAUAUCACCGACUGAAAUAAACCAAAUGUUAUCAAG